CGACAACCGCCGACCUAUUUCUUAUUACUCCUGCAAUGUGAGCGCAGCGCGCCCUCUCUCCAUUCUGUGCUCUUGUCCAUUCUACCUGCAUCCUUUGACAGUGGGAAGCGUUGCAUGAGCUCGCUAGACGGCUUGUCAGUCAGUUGCCAGCGCUCGCCUGACCUCGACCCCGUCACCUUUUUGAAUGGCUUACUACGACUACGACAGCCGCAACCACCACCGUCCGCGCCAUGAUUCCUCCUACCAGCGGUCUCGCGACACAGACAGAUCCCCGAGGCACGCCACGCCGUCGACUUCGCAAGCCGAUGGGUUCGCAGCCAUGCGCGACAGCGUAGACCAGACUUCCUAUCCCUCAUCCUACCGCCGUUCCUACGAGCCCCGCUACGCCGCAUCUCCGCCGCCCAAACGGUCCUCCGCACAACCGUAUCGCUACGACAGCCGGCAGAACAGAUGGCCGCCCUCGCCCAGCGUCGAGGACGAGGCGGCCUCGCUGGCAAGAGAAUUCUCGUCCUCGGCCGUGUCGAAGGUGGGGGAAGACGGCGGUGAAGCCAAAUCGCGGGGCAGCGUCGAUCAAUACCCCAUCAUCGAGGAGAUCGAGCAGCCGCAGGUCGCCCCGACCAGCGACGAGCGGCGAUUCGUCCUCGUCUCGGACCCCAGCGCAGAUACUGCCUCUACGUCGACCUUCGAUGCGUCCAGCGGACGCCGGCGCAAGAGCUUUGCCGAGCGCGGGAACAUGCCCCAUCUGAAGACGGACUUGGUUGACGACCCGCCCGUGUUCACCGAGCGCACGUCGACGCCGUAUGCCUAUACAAAGCCGCAGAAAGAGUCACUGGCUCCGUCGGCCGGCGAGUACUUCUUGUCACCAGAGCCGAUCACGCCGUCGUCAUCAAGCGUUCCGAGAUCAGUUCCGAAUCGGGAUGCCUGGGAUGCACGUGACCAGAAUGCAAAACCAGCAAAAACAAUCCCAAUCCAUAGCCGGUACGAUUCGUUUACGCAGUCGCCGCGCACUCCAAAGAAUGAUGUGUUCGAAGACUCUGAUGUCGAUUCGGAGAGCACUGCCCAUCUGCGCGCUGAGCGGAAGCCGGCGCGCUACAGCUUCGUGAAGAGCGACCUGCAGAAAGAAGAUCUCCGAGCAAACGUUUUAGAUAGCAAGUCUAGAUCAGAACGGAAAAAGCAGGAUUCACACGGCAGCUCCUCGUCGGGCUCGUCAAAGAAUCCAACUCCGCAGUCUCAGUCUCCAAGAUCCUCGUCAUCGUCGCUCAAUGGAGGGACACGGCAGAAAUCAAGGCCUGCGCCCGUCGACACCGACUACGGCAAGAGUCCGAAAUACCCUGGGUCCUAUCCAACAAGCCGUCCCAGCUCGCCACGCCACUCAGACGCCCCAUCCCCUCCACGCUCCCCCAGGCUUCCGCCACGGCGUCAGGCAUCUCCGACGACUUCUAGACCACCCUCGAGAGCGGAAGCAAGACCAUCUUCUCCUUUGUCUUUCUCGACUACCCUGCCUUCACAGUCUGCAGGUCGAGCUCCAGUUACAGAGUCCGACUGGCAUGCUACAUACCCGCCCACAACAACGGACAGGGCAAGGCCCACUGCCCGCCAUGGGAGAUAUGACUCCAUGCCAGUUCCUACGCCCAGAAUUGGCGUGCAAAGCCCCUCGCCUGCCCGACCGCCCAGGGCUGAGAAUCCGCUGCCAUACCCCGUGGACGACAGGCUAACGGAUGCCUUCAUGCCUCCGGAGGAACAGUACCAAUUCGAUCACUCAUUCUCACCUGUAGCUCCCUCCCCGAGGUCGCCCUAUCCAGACUCGCCUGUUCCAAACUCUCCACGUGAGCGUCCCUCGGGCCUCCGUCCUUCGGCUAGUAGCCGCCACAGUGCGAAUCCCGAAGAGCUGCCGCGCACAUCAAGAACGAGAUCGAAUAGCAUUCGGUCACAGUCGAGCAACGAUGGACGCCGAGAACGGAAAACGGCGACAGUCCCUUUUAGUACCGACAGGCCAUUACCGUCGUGCCCAAGAGGCGAACCGUCAGCAAGGCACAAUGACUGGUACACCCUUGAAAACUGCCCCAACUUCGACCUCUGUCCUAGUUGCUAUGGGAGUGUCUUCGCCGACACGCCCUUCGCUGUUUACUUUUCGCAGACUCGCCGGUAUGAGCGUCCUACUGAGCGGUUUUGCGACUUUAGCAGCCCUUGGAUGCGACUGGCAUGGCUUCUUACUAUUAAGCAAAGGCGGCAAUCACCCGAUCUACUUUACGCUCUUGCAAACAUCGCCGAGGUUGAGCGGCCAUGUCCCAAAGACCGUGAACUUAGCACCGAUCACGCCGUAUGGUACGGUAUUCCAGAUCAGCGUGAUGGUAUCCACGUCACAAAUUUCGCGAUAUGCCCAUGCGAUCUCCGGAUGAUGGAGGUACUAUUCCCGAGCAUCCGCGGCUACUUCACCAGGCUACCGUCGGGCAGUCCCUAUGGAGUACCGGGUCAGUUUACUUGCAGCCUACGGACCGGCUCACGCCGCUUCCCCAAGUACCUCGACCUCCUUGUCGAGCUCGACGCGGAAGCCGAGCUGCUCAGCCAACGGCCCAACAUUCAUCGCUUCGUGCAGAUGGCGCGCGAAAACGCCUUCAAGGCCGAAUGCGCUCGCGAUAAGGCUCUCAUCCACAAGCCCUGGCACUUCAUACCGCAACUCCCGGAGUUUACGGUCUGUCAGGAAUGCUUCGAAGAGGUCGUGUGGCCCGCCAUCAACUCCAAAUCCGCGCCCAACACCAUUCCCAAGCUGUUCAACCGCACCAUCCAGCUUGUUCCGGGUGAGGACCCGGAGCUGGGCUCUAGCUGCUGCUUAUACAGCACGAGGAUGAGGAAGGUGUGGGAGAGAAGUGUCAAAGAAGAGGACUUCGGCUACUUGAAGCGGAAGGCGCUCGAGAGGAAGAGGGCGGAGGGAAGGUUGGCGAGAGAGCGGAAGGGCAUUUUGACGUGGAUGGCAGGGCUGGACAGAGGGAGUUCUGGGUGGGAGAGGGCGAAGGCGGAGCUGAAGGACAAUGAGAAUGAGUGGAAGGCUUAUGAAUAGAUUUUGGAAAAGCGUGUGUGACCUAGUUACCUACCGAGUGUUAAUGGAAUACUGAUGGUUCCGGUGACGUGCACUGCAUGUCACGGGCCUUGCUCAAGCCAG